CAUUCAGAAAGCAGCGGAAGAACUGAUCACUCCAACAGAGGCACCCGUUCAAUCCAUUUCAAAAGCAAAAGCAUCCCCGAAAAAAAUCCUGAAUGUCUAUCAGUGGCACUAUCACUCAGGAAAAUGAACCCCGCACAGUAAUCAUCCGCAAAAAAAACCAACCUGCUACAGUGAAGGAUAUCACAGUUUCUGAUGACACAGACCAUGUCAAAGUUACCCUUUGGAAGGAGGCAGCAAAAUCACCCAUAAAGACAGGAGACUUCGUGAAGAUAACCAAUGUCUACAAGCCUGAAUCAUCAUAUGGCAGUGAACCUGGCCUCGGUACAACAGAGAGUACAAUCAUAACGAAAAUAGAGAAACCAGCCAAAACUGAAGAAAUUGAAUUCAUCGCCAUCAGCACAGAUAACACCGAUACAGUGGUUUUAGUGGCAAACGAUAUGGAGGAAUACAGAGUCUCCAAAGAUGUCCUAGUGCAGACAGUGUUGCAGGCGGAGGAUGACAUAGAUGACAUAGAAGAUGCAAUGAUUACCCUACUUCCUAUCCAUCUGGAAAUAACACACGCUGACCAUCACAUCCAAGUUAUCACACCAGUUAUUUAGUCCAUUCAUUAUAGACUUUCUAUAUCUUAAAGGGCACUUGGUAUACUGGUAAUUCUAGGCCAAAUAUGUCUUUUUCCUAAAUUUCUUAACAUGUUGAUAUAAUGGUAGGCCUACAUGUGGCAAUUUGCUUACCUUUGUAUAAGGGAUAAUAAAUAUAAAAUAAAUAAAUAAAUAUAGAAUUUGUAAAGCGCCUUUCCAGGUCACCCUGCUCAAAGCGCUACCUCCUCUAUUUUUUGAAGUGAAGAUUGAACAAGUGUGUUUUAAGAAGGGAUUUGAAUUGGAUGAGGGUCUCAGCAGAUGUAAUUGCUUUGGGGAGUCGAUUUCACAGAUAAGGGGCAGCCAAUGUAACAAGAGUUGUUUCUGCUAACUCCAGAAAGGGUAAAUUGAGUUUUUAUACUUGUCUGUGUUGCUGAGUGUUUGUUAUAUUGAUUUCGAGAUACAACUUAAGUAGUUCUAGGCCAAAAAGGCCGUUCUCCACAAUUUCUUGGCAUGUUGACAUAGUACAUGUGGCAGCUUGCAUUUAUACCUUUGUUUAAGCAAUUUAGUGUAACUAGAGGUCUUGCUUUUGACAGUGUAACUCCAAAUGAUGGAUAAUUUGAAUUUUGUUUCUGUUGCUGAGUGCUUGUUGAAUUGAUUGCGAGAUACAACUUAAGUAGUUCUAGGCCGAAAAGGCCUUUCUCCACAAUUUCUUGGCAUGUUGUUGACAUGGUUCAUGUGGCAGCUUGCAUAACUCCAGAAUGGGUAAUUUGAGCUUUUAGACUUUGUCCGUGUUGUAGAGUAAUUGUUGUAUUGAUUUUGAGCUACAACUUCUUCGAAUUCUAGGCCAAAUUGGCCUUUAUUUUUUGGCAGGUUCAAUUCAUACAAUAGGCAAUUUGCAUGUAAACCUUUGUUUAGGCAAUAGAGUAACAGGAGCAGUUACUUUUUACAGACUUGCUCCAGAAAGGGAAUUCGAGUAUGUAGUCAUUCUCUGUGUUGCAGUGCACUUGUUAUAUUGAUUUGGACCUACAACCUUUUAUAAUUCUACGCUGAAUUAGGUCGUAUUGACGUGUUCACUUAGAACAAGUGGCACUUUGCACUGUAUAGGCAAUAUGUGACCCGUCACAGCAAAACCAGGCGCAUGUCGCACAGAAGAUGAUCCUAAAUGACACCAGGAGAUAAUGGAAGAAAUAGGUGUGCUCGUAUUUCACAAAAGGCAGACAAUAGAGAAAUGAACAAACAGUCCGUCUCAACCUGCCAAGCUCAGAGCGACAUGCGCCUGAUUUUGCUGUGACGGUUCACAUAUAGUAACAAGAAUUGUCCCUGACAGACUUAGCAAAAUAUUAUGAACACAUCAGAGAUUUGCAGAAUCUUCGGAUUUCAGUUUUUUAACUCACCUCUUAGCAGAGGUGAGCUUAUCCCAUACCGUGGCGUCCGUCGUCGUCGUCUGUCGUCGUCCGUCGUCCGUUAGCAGGGCACGUUUCGUAACUGUUAGAGCUAUUGAGUUGAAACUUGGUACACAUGUACCCUUAUGUAAUGACACCUUGGAGACUAAGUUUCGGUCCGAUUCGUUUCAUGGUUUGGUCACCAGGGGGCCAAACGUUAAAAGUGAAAAUAUGCAAUAUCUCCCUUAAUAGUAGUCGGGAAAUUUUGAAAAAAAUAUGGUAGGUACUUCUAGCAAAGGUGCAUCAUAUAUCCUCCGGGUUUUUGAUUUGACCUCCUUUUCAAGGUCACAGAGGUCAAAUGGUGUAAAUUGGCCGUUAGGAUGUAACGAUGGCACGUUUCUAAACUACAAUGACUAUUGAUACCAAAUUUGGUACACAUUUACCCCUUA